AUGGUUCAACAACGUAACCCUGUCCACAAAGCUGUCGUCAAGAACGUCUUGUCCGGAGAUACCGUUAUUCUCAGAGGAAAGCCGCGUCCCAAUGGUCCCCCCUUGGAGCGUCUACUUGCCUUGUCAAACGUUCAAGCACCGAGAUUAGGCAACAAGGAGAGAGAUGAUGAGCCAUUCGCAUUUGGAUCGCGUGAAUACCUGCGUAAACUAUUGGUUGGCAAGGAGAUCUCGUUUAUCCCAGAGUACACGGUUACGACAACGACUCCACCACGUGAAUACGGCUCAAUCCUGUUAGCUAACGGUGACAACGUGGCCGAGCUUGGUAUCAAAGAGGGUUGGCUCAAAGUACGAGAAGGAAGGAAGCUUGAUGAUGAACAACAAGAGGCGUUGGAUCGUUUGUUUGAUCUUGAAGACGAGGCGCGUGAUGCCAAGCGUGGUAUGUGGGCUACAGAUGCAAAGGGAACUCGCAAAGUUUCGUACGUAUUUGAUGGUGACGCACGUGCUUUCUUGAAUGAACAUAAGGGCAAGCCAUUGGAUGCUGUAAUUGAACAAGUUCGUGAUGCAUCGACAUUCCGUGUGCUUUUGACACUUCCAGACAAGAGCCAACAAAUGAUCACGUUGCUAUUGACUGGUAUCAAAGCUCCCGCUUGCAAGCGUGAUAAUGGUCCUGAAGUAUCCGAACCAUUUGGUGAGGAAGCCAAGUUCUUUGUGGAGACCCGAUUAUUGCAGCGUGGUGUCAAGGUGGUUCUUGAAGGUGUUGGUCAAUCUGGUGGACAAAACUUUGUGGGCACUGUCAAACAUCCAGCUGGCAACAUUGCUGAGCUGCUAUUGGAGAAUGGCUAUGCCAAAUGUUUGGAUUGGAGUUUGACUCUUGUCACAGGUGGCCCUAUCCAACUUCGCAACAAGGAAAGAAUUGCCAAGGAAAAGAAAUUGCGCGUGUGGCGAGAUUUUGUUGCCAAGGAAAAGACCAAUGACUCUGAAUUCGAUGCUCAAGUCGUCCGUAUCCUUACUGGUGACACAAUCUUGGUCAAGACAAAGGCUGGUGUCGAACGUAAAUUUCAACUUGCUAGUGUCAAGCAGGCCCCUAGAGGUGUAGGUAGCACCGCACCUGGUGGCAGCAGCAGAUCCCGUGACAUCAAAGAAGUUGGAUACCAAUUCGAGGCUCGUGAAUUCCUUCGAAAGAGAUUGGUUGGCAAAACCGUCCACGUUGUUGUCGAUUAUCACAAGCCUGCACAGGAAGGUUUUGAAGCAAAGGAUUGCGCUACCAUCAAAGUUGGAAAUCAUAACAUUGCAGAACAACUUGUUGAGCGCGGUCUUGCCUCUGUGAUUCGCCACCGAAAGGAUGAUGACAACCGAUCUCAUUGCUAUGAUCAACUCUUGUUGGCUGAAACAAAGGCACAAGAAGGCCAAAAGGGUAUCCAUAGCCAAAAGGAACAACCCGUUGUCCGCAUUGUGGAUGCAUCGGAGAGUGCAGCUAAAUCUCGCCAGUUCUUGACCUUCUUGAAACGUAGCCCUAAGCAAAAGGCUGUCGUGGAUCACGUUGCAAAUGGCUCAAGACUCUUUUUGUGGAUCCCCAAGGAAAAUUGCCGUCUUGCCUUUGUCAUUGCGGGUAUUCGAGCACCCCGUGUUGGCCGUACUCCAAAUGAUCCCUCUGAACCUUUUGGUCCUGAAGCACUCGCCUAUGUUGUCGAUCAUUGUUUGCAACGUGAUGUCGAUAUUGAAAUUGAAAAUGUGGACAAGGUCGGCUGCUUUAUUGGCAACAUCUUUGUGAAUGGUGAAAACAUUGCCGUGUCAUUGCUUGAACGUGGUCUUGCUUCUAUCCAUGACUUUUCAGCCAACGAGUCACCCUACUCGGGUCAAUUGUACGGUGCCGAACGAAGAGCACGUGAUGAAAAGAAGGGACUUUGGAAGGAUUAUGAUGAGGGAGCUGAGAAGGCUGCUGAAGAAGAGGAACAAGCUGCACAGGUUGUGGUGGAACCUCGUCGCGAAUAUAUCGAUUUGGUCAUUUCCGAAUACUUGAGUGGCCAUCGAUUCUAUGUACAAAUCAUCAAUGAAGAUGUGAGGAAAUUGGAGACUCUCAUGCACGAAUUAUCGCAAUAUCACACAAGCCGUGGUGGCAUGGAUGGCCCUCAUAAGCCUCGUGUCGGUGAUUUGGUGAGCGCCAAGUUCACUGAAGAUGAUAGCUGGUACAGAGCCAAGGUGCGACGAGUAGCUGGAACCAAUGUGGAAGUCUUUUACAUCGACUAUGGCAACUCCGAAAAGUUGUCGACGUCCCGUAUUCGAGUGCUUCCUGAUCAAUUCAAGUCAUUGAAGCCCCAAGCACAUGAGGCCGUCUUGUCGUUUGUCAAGGGACCAAGCCGAGAAGAAGAUUAUGGAGAAGAAUCUCUAGAGAGCCUACGUCAGCUGACUGGGGACAAGCAACUUGUUGCAAAUGUUGAUGCUCGUGAAGGCAGUGUCAUGUGCUUGACGCUUUAUGAUCCAUCCAAUUCCAGCAAUGCUCAAGCUAGCUUGAACCUCGAGAUGGUGCGUGAAGGUCAACUUUUGGUUAAUCCCAAGACACGCUAUGCAGCAGCCAAUCCACAAGCUAUCAAAUCUUUACAAGAAGCAAUGGAAGCUGCUCGUCGUGAAAGACUUGGUCUCUUUGAGUAUGGUGAUCCUAGCACUGAAGAUUAG